UUCAAAUUCCAAAUUUGCCCACCAUCUUCUGAACCAUCCUCAAACAAGUGCCCUCCGCGUUACAUUGAACGGCGGCGUCCAGAAUGUCCAGAAAUGUCAUUUCAGUAUUCCUAAUGCCAACAAACUCUGGCCGGAGUCAACAAAAAGAACCAAACAAAGAGCAGGCGUUUGCUGAAAACCGGUCGCCGGACCCACCACCGGCCGGACCCUCUUUUAUACUUGAAAAAUGAGCUUUCCUUCCUCCCCAACGGAAACGCCCAUAAAGUUCUCAUUUUUGCCGCUUACGCAUACGAGCUCUGUAUAUCUUUCUCUGUUCCUCAUUCACACAGUUGGCGCCAUUGCCGAACUCUCUUGCGCUUUUUCCUGCGCCUUUGACCUUUUCCAAUCCCCUUCGAUUUGAGUCAGUCCACAACUGCUAGCCUUCGAGAAUCAGAUAAGUGAUCUUGGGCUCAGUUCAGUUCAGUCAUCUGAUUCCACAUUUGGUAGAUUCCCGAUCACGACGGUGCUUGUUGCGACCGCUUCGGAUGGACGCUUCGGUGGAGAACGGUGGCUCCGGAGCUGAGGCAACUCCGGUUGGAAAAUAUGAGAAGGAGGCGAGUGAGAGUGUUGAUCAGAUUCACAAGCCACCGACGACUGAGAAGGCCGAUGUAGAAAUGAAAAAGAAGAAGAAGAAGAAGAAGAGUAGAGUAUUCGUGUAUCGCCUGCCGAGAAUCGGAUGUUUGAGAGUGGAGAAGGAUGGGGAUGGGAACUUCGAUAUGGAGGUGGUGGAUGACGACGGGACUUCUCCGAAUCCGACCCAUCUUGUUAUAAUGGUGAAUGGCAUCAUCGGCAGUGCCCAGAACUGGAAAUUUGCUGCCAAGCAGUUUUUGAAGAGGUAUCCACGAGAUGUUGUUGUUCACUGCAGUGAACGCAAUUACGCAACUUUAACACUUGAUGGGGUUGACAUAAUGGGGGAUAGAUUAGCAGAUGAGGUUGUCUCAGUUAUCGAACGCCAUCCAUCUCUGAAGAAGAUCUCAUUCAUUGGUCAUUCUUUGGGAGGGCUGAUAGCAAGGUAUGCAAUUGGUAAGCUUUAUGGAGUUGAACCUAAGAAGGAAGUUGGUCAAGACAAUGCAGAGAGGAAGAAUGAAGCUGAUGUAGCACGAGAGAAAUCAUCAGAAGGUGAAUUCAGUGGCAAAAUUGCUGGAUUGGAGCCUAUCAAUUUCAUCACAUCUGCUACUCCUCACCUUGGUUCAAGAUGGCAUAAACAGGUCCCCAUGUUUUGCGGCUCUUCCGUUCUGGAAAAGACAGCUGCUCGACUGGCGUGGUUGCUUGGUAGAAGUGGACGACACUUGUUCUUAACCGAUGGUGACAAGGACAAGCCUCCUCUUCUUCUUCAGAUGGUUAGAGACACGGAAGAUCUUCGGUUUAUGUCUGCUUUACACUCUUUCAAGCGUCGUGUUGCAUAUGCAAAUGCACGCUUUGACUGUAUCCUUCAGUUUGGUUCAGAAACAACCAUCUUCAGACAGUCCAUAGAUAAUCUUUCUGUUCAUUUGGUUUCACAAACAUCAGUUAAAGAAUAUGAGACUCUUGUUGGGUGGAGCACAUCAUCCUUACGCCGUCGUCAGGAGCUCCCUAAGAGACGGCAUCUUAAGCGGGAUGACAAAUACCCGCACAUUGUACACAUGGAUCCAUCAAAAACUUCAAGCCCUCCAGAAGUUAUUCCAGAUACCAAAGAUAAUGGCCGUGAAGAUAUAUACAUGGAAGAGGAGAUGCUCAGGAGUUUGACGAAAAUGAGUUGGGAAAGAGUAGAUGUCAGCUUCAGUGGAAGUAGACAGAGAAUUUUUGCUCACAAUACCAUUCAGGUUAAAAGCAAAUGGAUGAACUCUGAUGGUGCAGACGUGAUACAACACAUGGUCGACAACUUUCUCUUAUAGAAGGAGCCCUUUCCUGACCUAUCCAUCGUUUUAACUUAGUUGCAUAGGAAAGCCAGAGGAUGAAGCUACCCAAUGGAGAACUGGACGAUAAAUGCAGACGGUACACUAGGAAAGCACGAACGAGUUAGAAAUGAGAGACAUAGGAAAUUCAUUUAAUCUUUGUUUAUUGUAAAUGAAAGAAACACGAGAGAAAAUAAUAAAGAGCGGGCUUUUUUCCUCAUGGCUCCUCCAUAAUCAGACUGUUGGUGACAGACUCUUUGUGUACUAAUUAUUCGGUGGCAAAUUUGUCUUGAACAUCUGCAAACUUGGCUCUUGAAAGCAGCAAAUGCUUGCACUUGCAGCAGGACAAAUUCUACCACUAAACUUAAGGAGGGAUCACGGAUGAUCUUAUUAUGUUCAAUCUUGGUGUUCCAGUGCUCUGUACAGUAAAAGUACUAUUGAUCACAUGUGGCCGUCUGCGGGCACAGUGUAUAGAACACAGGUCCAUGAAUGAAUGAAUGAAUGAAUGAUUGCUGCCAUUUCUGCAAAGC